AAAUGUUCAUCUACUUGGCAUGACUAUGUGUCCUAUGAUGUUGUUUUGGUUUUCGGUUACUUUCGCCUGUACAAACAUUAGCACUUGCAAUUAUAUUUAUAGUAUACCUACCUAGUACAAUUGGCGCCGAAUUCCGUCUAAAGACAUUUUCGAGCUUCUUUCUCAGCAGGCCAAUAUAGCAUAUAUAUAUGUUUUAAACAUGAAUUCUGCCAGUAAGGUCGGUGAAAUCUUCUUGGCUGCAGGUACAGCUUUCAACAAACUAGCUGAGUUAACAAUGCAACUUCAUCCAACAGCAGAGCAGUCACCUGCAGGCACCAAAUGGACUGAUGAAGAGAUAGAAAUGCUGCGUUCGUCUGUGAGAAGAUUUGGUGAUGACCUUAAUGUUAUCAGCCAAAGGAUAAAAUCUCGUACUGUGACUCAGAUUCGGACAGCAUUAAAAAAGAAGGCCUUUGAAGAUGCAGGAAUUCCCCCUCAGACAGCUGCUGCAUUGCAAGCUCAGCAGACUGCCACAUCUACCCCUGGAAGCAGUGGUGGCUCCUCAAGUAUGAUAGGUGGACGGGAUGUGACACUGAACAUGCUUAAUGCAACUGAAUCAGAAGUGGAUGUUGAAGGGAUGAGUGGAGUUGGUAUGGAUUUUGAAGGGGCAAUGAAGUUGUCACAUCUUAGGAGUCAAUUUAAUAUUGGACACUAUAUAUAUAUAUUUUGA